AUGGCGUCGGAUCCUGUCGACGAGGCUGCUCCGGCCUCUGCAGGCCUUCAAUUCACAGAUCUGCCCCAGGAGAUACAGAAGGACAUCAUCAGUCAUUGCCAUCAACCAGAGCUCAUCUGCCUGUCUCUUGUCUCCAACCACUUCAGAUCUCUGGCUGCCGCCGAGCUGUAUCGCAAUUUCCACAUUGUCUUCCCCGACGAGGACGACCCCGCCUUCGACUCGCCAAUAGACGGGCUGGCAGGCGGCUUGGAGACCUUCGUCACGAGUGAAUAUGACUAUGCGAAACACCUCAGAGACAUAUCGCUUGAUACCCUGAGUGCCGGCGACAAGGCUGAGACGGCGUACAAACCCUACCUGUACAGCGUCAGCUGCGGCAAGUUCCUUAAUACUCUACUCCUCCUGACCUUGCGCAAGGCAAAGGCUCUGGAGACCCUGAGAUGGAAUAUCCGUGUCGAGCUCAGUCGGCCGGUGUACAAGGCGCUCCACAGUAUCGAUACCCUGUCGCAUCUUCACAUACGUCUCCAAGCAGGACCAUCUCUGUACGAGCAUCCCCCGCCAUUGCCUCUUUCGUCACCCGGUGCGUCCCCGAACGCGUCCACGCAUCAUCUUCCACUCAUUGAUUCACAACCUCCGCCACCGACCUUUGCUGCGCUUCCGCCCCCGCCCCCACCGUUCUAUAUACCACCGCCUACGUCGUCUCUUCCGCCAUUGCAUCCGCCCCCAAAGCCACCCGCUAGGAUCAAAGCACUCAAGAAGUCCUCAACGUCCAAGAACCCACCCACUUUGUCAGGUUUCAAGAACUUGAAGACCCUGUCGGUUCUGGACAUCGAUGACUUGGACGUGGUCACGGAGCUCAAGUCCUGCGUCAGAAACUCCCAGGCGACACUGUCCAAGCUCAAGCUGUCAUUUUCGCACAACAUGGCCAUGCGCGCACGCAAGCCACCCCCAGACAUCGACCCCGAUGAUUCGGAUCCCGACGACGAGUUCCAGGUUGUACCAGUGGUAGCACCACCUCCCGUUACCCCGUAUGACGAUGUUAGUGGACCGGCCAGAGCGUUCCGUGCGCAGGAGGAGCGAAAGACCCAAGAGUCUGUGCUGGGUCGCAUCUUUGACGUGGAGCCUUACUUGGUUAAGAAGCCGACCAAAAAGCCACGGGAUAAGGAGAAUGAGCCCCCGAGCGAGGAGAAGACGGCGAACCCUGGCCAGUACUUCAUCGACUCUCUUAAGGCUGUGUCGGAGAAGCUCAUGAAAGAUCUGGUGGGGACCUACGUCGCUGAAUCAGAGAGCAAAUCAGGCGCUCCCAAAGAGAACGGGGUCAACGGAGAGUCAAGUGCCAGCGGGGCCAACGUGAACGGCACGGCCGAGCCAGAUGCCUCCAAGUCCGAGAAUUCUCAACAGGCCGAGCUCAGCUUAUUUGAGCCUAAGACUCCAAAAGGCAAGGAGCCUGAGCAAGACGCGAACCCGGAUGACAUUAACAUUGAAGAGCCAGUGGAGGACAGCUUUGUGGAGGAGCCGUCGGAGAUCGCCACACCUGAUACUAGCAACGGGGCUGAAGUGGCAUCAACCAAGGAACCUGUCUCAAACGGCAAUGGGGUCCAGAAUGUCUCGGCAAACGGUGACAUCCCUCUGGUUCUGGGCUCAAAUGAAUCUAAUGCCGCUGCCAACCUGUCAGCCCAAAGGCAGAACUUCAAGACGCUGGCCGAAAAGCUCGAGUCCUUCGAAAUACAGGCUGGGGAGUUGCGCAAGGAGAUCCAGGAACUCCCUACCGAACCAGGACUCGAAUCAGAGAAGCGAAUGCAGGAAGCUGAUUUGCGGAUGAUCGAGCUCAGCACCAACAUCAAAGACAUCCAGAGCGAGAUGGCUGUUGUGGCAGCUGAGAUCGAGGACGCAGAAAAGCAAGAUCCUGCUGUGGCGCAGGCAGAGGACGCAGAGGGUGUUCCGAGCCGCAUCACGGAAUACGCACGGUCGACGAGAGGAUUGAGCCUCCAGACGCUCAGUAUCUAUCUCAUCCCCGUUAAGGCCUCGGUGCUAUCGCGAGCCAUCGACCUCCGCGUUUUGAGGAGAAUCACGCUGCUCAACGUUGGCAACCAGGCUCCCAUAUGGGCCUUGUUCGCCAAGGAAAACAAAUUGCAGCCGAUUGCGUUGCGCAAGAUCUUCACGGACAACGUCUCGGUGCCAUUCUUGACAUUCGUCUCCCAGUUGGAGGAGCUCAAUGAGCUGUUUAUGCUCGAGAGGCCGGACAAGUACAAACCUGAGCCGUUUGGACCAAAGACGGCUAUCACGAUGGACCAGAUCAGACGCAUGGUGCUGAAGAGGCACAUGCUAAGCCUGAAGCGACUCAUGGUCAAAAACCAACAAGACUCGGCAUGGGAUGUUGACGAGAAGACAAUGUUGCUUAUCUGCAGGCGUGGCAAGAAACUCGAAGAGCUGGCCGUCAGUCUGGGGAUUCGUGCUAUCCACAUAUCCGGCCUCGUGAAUCUACGCGCCCUGCACAUAAUCAACCUCCGCAAUGACGACACCUGCGUCUGGGUCAUGCGCGAGACGAAGCGGUUCGUCAUUGACAACCUAUCGCACUACCCUGAACUCAAGCUCGAGUGGCUCGCUAUCGACGACGACGAGCGCGUUGAGCGCAUUUUGAGGCUGAAGGACACACCAAAGGAGAAGAAGGGCAAGUCUGCCAAGUCAAAGGGCAAAGAGAAGGCUGUCCCUCUGACAAGUCUGCCCAAUGGCGACCACUUCCCUGUCCUGACCCUGGACAACCUCGACCUGGGGAGCGAGAGCGAUGAGGACGAUGAGGAAGAAUUCACCGGCCUGGACGGUAUGCCCAAAAUCGAGACCAUCGAUAACAUACACUUUUAUGACGUUUGGGGGGUCCGAAUUUUCAAGAGGGAGGUCGUCACUGGGCGGCUGUAG